UAGAUCUCGACAGAAGUAUAAAAACACCAAGAAUACAUUAUCGAGGAAUGUGCUGCAGAACUCAGAAGCCAUUUUGAGAUGAUGUCCCUGUUGAGAAAGCCUAUGAAGAUGCUGAAAUCAACGAACAUGGUUACAUUUCUGUCUGUUUCUCCCUCCGUCUCCUCUAUUUCACCAUGGCAGCUGUCAACCGACGGGACAUUAGCAAAGCGGGGUAUCAAGCUGCGCUCACAGAGUUAAAACGUCAUUGAUAUGAAAGAGGAGAGUGUCUGUUUACUGUCUCUGUCGAGACAUGUAACACCGUGAGUCUUUUCCAGUCUGAAAUCUUCCAGCAUCUCUCACAAACCAACGUCUCCUUGAGUGACUGAAUUAAUUCACUCUUGUACCGGGGAAAAGGGAGGCAGAUCCGUUCUCCAAUGGCUUCUGUGAGCCUUGUUUCCAGUCCCCCAGCCCCUGUUCUUGACAAAAACAUGAAAGACUCUGAGCUUGCAGGGGAUGAAAGAGAGGAUGGCGAACUGGAAGAUGGAGAAAUAGAUGAUGAAGGGAUUGGAAUUGAAGAGGACAACAAGGAGGCUAUGGAGGUGAAUGAAGAGAAGGAGAAGGAGAAGGAAAAAGAGAAGAUUAGAGAGAAAGAGGAAAAGGCUCACAGACACUCCAGGAAAAGAUACAGAAAGACCCGAGAGAAGAGGAGGUCUAAAAGAAGAAGACGUGACAGACCGAAACAUCACUCGCCCUCAAGCAGCUCCAGCUCCGACAGCUACGACUCUGACUACGAUCGACCGGAAAGGUCCAAAGGCAGAAAGGGCCUGGGAUCUAAUCGCGAGUCUGAUGGCCAGUCCUCUCAGCAUUCAAAGGGAGGCAACUCACACAGGUCCCCACCGUACAAGAGCAGCGAUUUCGACAAAUACAGCGACUACAGCGAUGACAAGUACGACUACGAUGACGAGGAGGAUGAUUAUGAAGACGACAUGUCCGAGUAUCAGCAGUCAAAAGAUUCGUCAAGUCAGGGAAGGGGGCGGCACGCUAAAGACCAGAUGAACAGAGGAAACAUGAGGGGGAUGAAGCAACAACAGUACGGGCAGAGGGGAAGAGGCAGAGGGAGUGGACCGGGGAGAGGACGUGGGAUGCUGAACAAGAACAAGAAGCUGAAGGGUAAACCCUGGGGAGGACGCGGACGAGGUCGAGGUGGAGAACAAGGGAUGGAAGACAUGGCACAGGAAGGAAAAAAUUUGUCCGGUUUCCAGAAGAAGCGGCCAAUAAUGAGCAAGGAGUUUAUCAAUCAGCACACCGUUGAACAUAACGGGAGGUACAUCUGCAAGUAUUUCCUGGAGGGUCGGUGCAUCAAGGGCGAGCAGUGCAAAUUUGAACACGAGCUUGUUGUACCAGAUAAGAAAAAGGAGCUUUGUAAGUUUUAUCUUCAAGGAUACUGCAGUAAAGGAGAUAACUGCAUUUACAUGCACAAUGAAUACCCGUGCAAGUUCUUUCAUACCGGAGCCAAAUGCUAUCAAGGAGACAACUGCAAAUUCUCCCAUGAAGCUUUGACCGACGUGACCAAGGAGCUGCUCGAUAAGAUAAUUAAUACUGAAGAGGAGAAUGCCCGGGAGGAUGAGUUGGAGCUGGAGGAUCUGAGAAAACAGGGUAUUUCCCCACUCCCAAAGCCUCCUCCUGGGGUUGGGCUGCUGCCCACUCCCGGUCAGAGCAGUCCUACAGAUAGCCAAGCAGGGAAGAAGAUCCCCUCUCUUUUUGAAAUCAAGGUUCAACCAACUGUAGACUUGGCACAAAAAAUCGCUCUGAGUGGAUCCAACUACCCUCAGAAUCAAGGAGAAUGCACAGGUGAGUUUACUGGAGGUUCAGAGGACACACAGAGCAGCAGCAUGGUGGCUUCAGGCUCUUCUGCUCCUCCUGUUCCUCCACCCGGAUCACCCGUUCCCGUGGGUCACACCGCUGCGCCACCGAUGCCACAAAGCCCACCAGGGCAGCACCUACCGCACGGAUUUCCAAUGCAGCCGCCGAUCCCAUCCAGCCAACCGCCACCCUUCCAUGGAAACCGACCUAAUAUCAACCCGCAGAUGAAUAUACAGAGGCCUCCAUUCCCCCCUAUACCAGAUCUACAGAUGGCGCAAAAUCUCUUUCCCUUUCCAUCUGCGGGUCAGAACCCACUAGACUUCCUUAGCAGCUUCCUCCGAAACCAGACCAUUGGUCAACAAGGAGACCCUAGUCUGGCUUUCAUACAGAACCUCCAGCAACAGAUUGGUGCAGAGUCACAGUUGCAGUCUUUACCACCAGCAGUACAGAAAGCCAUCCUUUUACACCUGACACAGCAGCAGCAACAACAAGAGUCAAAUCCACAAGGGAGUGAAGCACAGAGAGCAGAUGGCCAGGAUGAAAAUGCAAGCAGAGAUGAAACUACAAACUGGUACUCGAGCGAUGAUGAGGAUGGGAGCUGUGUUUCCUCCAUUCUUAAAUCUCUGAAGAGACAGAAUGAGAUGCAGCAGUCUCAGCCCAAGACUGCCCCGGUGGCUCCAGCACUGGGUGACCCCCGCCUCAUUAAGGAAAGGGCUCCACCCAGUGACCCACGUGUCAAGGCUGACCCUAGACAGCGACUUCCAGAUAUGAAAAAGGAGCCAGAUGGCGCUUCGGAUCCACGGCUUUCCAGAGACCCCAGGAAAAUGAGACCAGUGGAACCGAGCUCAUACCGGCAGCAGAGCCAUCCUGUUCAUCAAAAGCCUCUUACAGGAGAGGAGGAUGACGAAGGAGAGAGGGAACUCAGGGACAGGGCUGUUCUCAUUCCUUUAGAUGCCAGCCCAGGUGUGGUCCUGAGAGACCCUCGAUGCCAGUUAAAGCAGUUUAGUCAUAUUCGUGUUGACAUUCUGCUCCAGCGGCCUGCCUUUGCUCAGACAGUUGUGUGGGCCCCUGAGGAUCUCAUCCCCUCUUUAGUGCCCAAACAGGAACACUCCAUCAACCUGCCUCUUCCACCUCUAAUUGCUGAUGCUCAGAUGAACCGAACAAGCCUGCCCGACCACCCCCCAGUCUCCAGCCCCCCGCUAUCGGAUCCCAGACUUGCAGCUGCACGUCUGAAGGAACGUAUGAGCCGACUGCCCACCGGUUCUCUAGAGUCGCGAUCUUCUACAGAGAGACCUGUAGACCCACGCCAGCAAAAGUCUUUGGACCCCAGACUCAAACGUACAGGCAGUCUGGACUCCAAGCUGCUGGGUCCGAAAGAGCAGUCUUCUGGGGCAGGACUUGUGGACCCCAGGUUACAAAAGGUCAGUGCUAGUCCCUCUCCUCAUGCUGCCCGAGCCAAGCCAGAGCCAGAGAAACUUCCACCUUAUGCUCCUCGACUGGCGUCCUCUGGUGGAGGGUUGGAGAGUCCCACUACAAUCCUGGGAGGCAUCAGCCUGUAUGAUCCUCGUUCCCAAACCGAGCAAGUUCAGAAGGAGCAGUUUGAGCCUCCUAAAAAGGCGGGGAUUCUUAAACAGGCGGCUAAGAAAGACAGCACUCCAGCACCGUCACUCUCACCCACCCAACGAAGCGGCUCGUUCGAAGAGGCUAAAAGCACAGAUGCUGCAGAUCACACUCCAGCUUCCACUUCUCCCACUGUAACUCCUGCCUCACCUCUCAAACCACCCGCUGUACAUAAUCUCCCCAUCCAGGCUCUGGCUGGGCUAAUCCGACCCCAGUACACUGACCCGAGGCAAGCUAAACAGGCAGGACAGGGCUCUACAGGAGCACAGGAAGAGGCAGAGGACAAGAAGGAGCAGGAAGGGGAGGCUGCUCCAGAGAAAGAACCGAAACAAGAAGAUCCAGAGGAGGAGGAAGAGGAGGAAGAGGAGGCAGAUGACAGGACACUUAAAGAUGUGUUCAAGACUUUUGACCCCACUGCUUCCCCUUUCUGUCAGUAAACACCCAACUGUUGAUUGCAACAGAUAUGUUUAUUGAUGAUACAUUAAUCUUUAUUUAGCUUUACAUAAAUCUAUUUAUUUCUUUAUAUGAUGCUGUAGAAAACCAAACACUACGCCACACAUUUAUCAGUAAGGAGAUGAUGCUGGAUACAGACACAGAGUAUAGUUCCCUGUAACUAUGUCAUAUUAAAGCUCAGAGGCGUGUUUUGAAUGUGUGUACGGUAAGGUUUCAAUUGUGUAAUUUUUACACACGUUCUAAACAAUCAGAGGAAAUAAAAAGAUGUGAAAGUUUUACUAAAGCCUGACCCAGGUGUUGUUAAGUCAACUCGGGGCUCGUUCCACUGAAUGACCUGAUAGUUUAUUUCACUUUCCACGCAGAGAGAUUAUACUAAGUAAUCAAAAACACAUUUCCCAGGGGGGAAAUUUUUGUAUUUACAUAUUUAUUCACGGACACUUUCAUAUAAUGAGAUCUACUGUAUAUGUUGAUGCCUGUCUUUAUGAUAAGGGAUUUCUUUAAUAAACCAUUUACAUUUGUCAUUUUUCAGUUGCUGAUGCGCUCGGGUCAGAUAAUCAAAAUUGAAUAUUUUCAAUGUGAGACUGAGUUUUCAAUUAGAUUAGUCUAAAGUUCCCUUUUCACACUUUUAAAACUCUACACCUAAGCUAGCUUGCAGAAGUCUUUGCACUAAAAUAGACAACUUCCGUCUUUAGUGACUACAUUGUUUUUUGUUUCAGGCGGUCUGAAUCUUUUGAGGAUGUUGUAACCUUUUCUAACAAACAUCGCUGCUCCUCAUAUCUCUCGAAGAAGCUUGUAAGUAGCAGGAAAAAUGUUACGUGUUUUCCAACACGCUGUCAAUCAGUAUAAGAAAUCGAUAAAGUUUUCCAGUGUAUAAGAAAUCGAUAAAGUUUUCCAGUGUAUUAUACGGAGAAGUAGUACUAUCUUGAUAACACUGCAGUUGUAUGUAUAUAUGUUACAAAUGUGACCUUGAUGACUAUUUUUACUGUUGAAUUUUGUCGAAUAUGAACCGAAAAGAGGCUAUAAGUGUACAUGUGCUACAAAGAGUGAAAGUUGUAGACGUAAGAUGGAAUAUUGUUUGGUAAUAUUGGUUUGUUUAGGUCAUAGUUCUCCGCCGUCUGUAAUUUGAGGUAUUCCUGUUUGACCGAAACUAAGCUAUUUCCUUUUUUAAAAAAAAGUUCUUUUCAUGAUUCACAUUGUACAUGCUUAUUUUGUAUCAUGUGUACAGUGUGUUUUGGGGUGUUUUUUUUAUGUCAGCGUGGGUCGGUAUGGUGGUUAUGGUUGUCAUAAUAUUGUCUGAUAUUUUUACAACACAUGCCAGUCGUUUCAGUGAGUUUGUUACAAAUAUCUGGAAUAAAGACAGGAAACAGCA